UGUUCGCCUGCCCGGCCGGGCGGGUGAGCGGCCCCGGUGCGAGCGGCCCCGCUGUGCCCAGCCCGGUUCGGGUUGUUCCUCUCCCGGCGGUGCCGAGCGGGGGCUGUUCCCUGUUCCCUGUUCCCGGCGCGGGGCAGGAGGGCAGGGCAGGAAGGAGGGACGUGGGGAGUUUUCCGUCGUGUCAGGCGGGUAAUUAAAGGUCUCGCGGCUGUUCGCAGCCAAGGCCCCACAGCUCCUUAACAGACAUCACUUGUAGCGUUUGCUGAGUUGUAAUAAGGGAGUUAUUAAUUAGGAACUGCGGAAUAACGUUGUGUUUUAGGUCUAAGUGCAGCAGUUCUUCCAGUCUCGGGCAGUUUUAAGACACCGUUGUAGCUGCCAGGUGAUGAGCGCUCCGUGCCCGUCCCCGCCGGGACACGCGUGACCGCAGCACCACGGCGGGGCCCGCCCGGCCCACGCGCUGCAGGGUCGUCAUCUACCUCCAGAAGGACAUGUCUGGGGACACGUGCCUCGCCCUGUGCCCCGGCACGGGGCCCAAGCCCAAGGCUGGCAGCUUCAAGGGGGGCAGCCUGGGCAACAAGUACGUGCGGCUCAACGUGGGCGGCUCCCUGUACUACACCACGGUGCAGGUGCUCACCAGGCACGACACCAUGCUCAAGGCCAUGUUCAGCGGCAGGAUGGAGGUGCUCACGGACAAGGAAGGCUGGAUCCUUAUAGACCGUUGUGGGAAGCACUUUGGAACAAUUUUAAACUACCUGCGAGAUGACACAAUUGCACUUCCAAAGCACAGGCAGGAGAUCAAAGAGUUGAUGGCAGAAGCCAAAUACUAUCUCAUCCAGGGCUUAGUGGACAUGUGCCAAGCAGCCUUGCAGGACAAGAAAGACCUGUAUGAGCCAGUCUGCAGCAUCCCUAUUAUCACCUCUCCGAAGGAGGAAGAGAGACUGAUAGAGUCAUCACUGAAACCUGUUGUUAAGCUGCUUUAUAAUAGAAGCAACAAUAAAUACUCCUACACCAGUAACUCGGAUGACAACCUGCUGAAGAACAUCGAGCUGUUUGACAAGCUCUCUCUGCGGUUCAACGGCAGAGUCCUGUUCAUCAAGGACGUGAUCGGGGAUGAGAUCUGCUGCUGGUCCUUCUACGGGCAGGGCCGCAAGCUGGCCGAGGUGUGCUGCACCUCCAUCGUCUACGCCACCGAGAAGAAGCAAACCAAGGUUGAAUUCCCCGAGGCACGGAUUUAUGAGGAAACACUAAAUGUCUUACUGUAUGAAACCCCACGGGUUCCUGAUAACUCCCUGCUGGAGGCCACGAGCCGGAGCCGGAGCCAGGCAUCGCACAGCGAGGACGACGAGGGCUUCGAGCUGCGCGACCGCGUGCGCCGCAUCCACGUGAAGAGAUACAGCACCUAUGACGACCGCCAGCUCGGCCACUAGUGCUGAGCCAGGGCAAGCCUUGGUCAGGCUGAGCUCGGUGUGCUUGGAGCAGGAUCAGGCAGCAGGGAGGGAUCACUCGGGCUCUGGGGAUUGAUCUUCAUUUGGCGUCUUGGCUCCCUGGACGAGCGAAUGGGCGUUUGUGCACACAGAGCAACACUGAAGGCUUGGAGAACUGAGGUGUGAGUUCUGCACCACGUGCUUUGCCUACAGACUGUCCCCUCUGCCUGCCAGGGAGGGGUGAGAUUUGUAACACUGGUUCUCAGUUUGGGGUUGCUUUCCUCUCUAACAGCUCACCGGUUUCCCACUUCCUGCGAGCAGUGAGGUGGCGCGGUUUGAAAAGCUUUCUCCAGACACCUGCCCCUUCAGGGCCUUGCGUGAUGGAACGUGCAGUUUUUAAAUCGAGAUACUGAAGAGAGAACUUGAACGUGGCUACUCUUGGCAGACACUACAUGUGAUAACCCCCAGGAGAAAUGGUUGGCCAGCCAGCUGCCAGCAGUCAGGUGCACUGCACGUGUGCUUUCUCCCACCCCUUUCCUCAGUACACCCGCAGAGGUUUGUGUUCCAGGACAGCUCCCUUUAAAAGUCAUCGAGUCCAAGGCAAGCUCUCCCAAAGUGACAAGAGCCAAGUCAUCAAGCAGCCUCCCCUUGUGAAAAAUGAGAAGUCUUUGAAAAUUUAAAUAUGUAUGUAAUGACUUGUCCUGGGAGAUGGAGAGAUCUCUGGGUAUGGAGAGGGAAGAAGCUUCAAGUCAGCAAACUUGAGCAGAUUGUGGUAGGGUUGCCCUUGUUGAGGCUUGUGACAGUGAAAUUCUGUUUAUAUAAACAAGGACAAUCCAUGGAAUUGCUUUUCCAUUAGUUUCCUCCUGCAGCAGGGGAAAAAUUGCAGUGGCUGGGGAGGUACAGGCUAAGCUGUUUUAUAAGGCUACAUCAUGUGAAUUCAAGUUCUGUGUUUUAAAUCCCUUUUAGAGUAUAGUACUUGAAGUGAAAAGUGAAGAACAGCCAUGAAAAUCUUGUUCUAGCAUGAAACUGCGAGGGGCCUUGGGCACAAGAGAGAGGUGCCUUAUAGUGGAUUUUAAACUGAAAUACUUUUAUCCUGAGUGUUUGGCUGGGUGCUAAUUGUACAGGGCACUUCAGGGGUUGGAGUCAAGUCUGCUCUGCAAAUUGGGUCUCUGGAAACAGCUUCAAGUUUAGUAUGAAAAGCCAUUACUGUAUUUUUAAAUGUUUGCUUGUAUGUUUGAGCUCUGGGUUGCAUAUUCCAGUUUCACCACUGUCAUUAAUGGUUAUUCCUGCUGGCUGUCCACUGGCAGCAAUGGAUAUGUUGGAUAUGCUGCUUUUUUGUGUUCCCAUAUUGUACUUGGUCAUGGAAGCUCCAGAUUCCAUGAGGGUUGGUCCUGAACUGCUUUGACCAGUGCCAAAUCCACCUGUAAGAUUUAAAGAAAAUUGCUGCAAAAGCCUACAAGAAAAAAGUCUCAAAUUAAUGCAGUGAGGUCAUAAGUGAGAUUGAGAUGUAGAUGGUUUGGGAGUACUGGAAGCAGGGGAGGGAACAAAAAGAUUCUUUGCACUCAUUUAGGUUUUUGAAAACAGAAUUGCUGGGGGUUAAUAAGAAAACACUAAUGGCUAUAAAGUUUCAGGAUUUUCUUGCCUGGCCAGGCCUCUACACAUGGCAGGAUUCAGUUCUUUCUCCUCACAUUCAGGAAGCAGCACUGCACAGAGAUGCACCUGCCUUGUCGUGAAAGGCCUCUUGAAAACUCUAAUAACCUCUUCUCUUUUAUAUUGCUCUCUGUAAGUUUUGUUUUCCAGCUGUUAUUCUGUUGUGCCAGGGAAAAUACAGCUGCUGAGAUUAGUAUUGACGAAGAUUUUUGUGGUAUUUCUCUCUAAUUCUGCUAGAGUGUGAUGUGGAUUUUUAAAAUUUUUUCCCUCCACUGAUGGUAUUUAAUUUGAAGCCACCAGCAGAGGCUGCAGUGAUGGAGUCUUUGUGCUGCACUUAAUAGGUUCAGUUUAUUCCCUUGUGCUUUUUUCAUCUUGUAACAAAGGCUGCUGCCAUUUAAAAUCCAUGUGUGGCACUUGUUUCUUGGAAAAUGAUUUGUAUUAUUUUUUUCUUGCUACUAUCAUAGUAAAUGUUAGCAGCUUAAGUGAUGCUGGUAGCCUUGCAAAACUGUGUUAAAAAAGUUAUAAGCAUAACAAUGUCAUAUUUGCAUUUAUUUCCUCUGGGGAGGACAGGUAUGGGAAGGAGGGUGUGAAAAAGAAUGAGUGUCAGAUCCAUGUCCUGCUCCAGAGGCUUUCUGUGCUCCCAGGAGUCAUUAAUGAAAUGGAUCCAACUUGUGAAUUAUUACACUGUAAGAAGCAGAGAAAAGCUUGUGUUUUGGUUUAGUUGGUUUUCUGUCCCUGUCUCCCAUAGCAAACAAGUAGUAUUAAUUUCUGAUUUGAAUUUAGAUUAAAUUAACCUUGAAAACAAAAUGUUUUGAGAACCAUCUGGGUUGUGAGAAUCUUCUGCCAAGUGCAAAGGAACUUCUUGGUGUUUGUGGAAUGUGGAAUCUCAGUAAGAAGUGUCAGCAGUUAUGUAUGUGCUUAAAAAUGUGCAGAUAUCCUUUUCAUUUCACUGUAGUUUCUCUUGAGAGUCCUGCUUGUCUGGAACUGCUCCAGCACAGGGUGUUACUGAGUGUACCUCACACCAAAAUCAUGGCCUGGGGAUGUGGUGUCUCUGACCACCAGGUUCUGAUAAUUCUGUGAUGUCACACGUGCUUUGUAUUCUCGUCUUAAUCAGCCUUUUUGUGAUUGAAGGCUGUGAAUUAUUUUGAGAGGAACGUUCUGGUUGUUCUAGAACAUGUUUUUAUGACCUGGUGUAAAGGAGAAGCAGCAGCACUGAGCAGGAUGAUGCAGUUUAAAGGCAGCAUUGGUGGGUUUGCAGUGGGCUGCCCGUUGCUCGAGGGAACACUGGCUGUGCUGCCUGAGGGUCCUCUGCUGGCUCUAGAGAGACAAAGAAGGACAACACUGGUUUCUAAUUUAUGCAUUUGUCUGCAAGUUGAGAUUUGUAGUGGCUUCCCAUGUAGACCAUCACCAAUAGGUGUGUUAAUGAGGUGCCUGGGAAUUUGGGGUAGCCUUUGGGAGGAAGGAGAGGCCUUUUUGCCUCAUUUGUAGGGUGUGAAUUCUGACUGCAUGAGCUGGCAUUCUUCCAGGACUCGCUGUCCUCUUCACUCCUGAAUUUCAGCAAACCUUUGAGCACUCAGGCAGGCUGAGGCAAUGAAUGGAAACUGUUCCCUGCCAUCUGUGCCCAAUCCUGUGCUAAAGGCUGCAGUGCCAACAGCCUUGGUCCUUCUCCAGGGAAGGGGUCUCAGUGACUGGGGAACAGAUAUUCAGGAUGGGUGUUAAUUAGGCAGCAGUGUUAGAGGGGAGAGCUCUGCAGGCCAGCAGCUCCAGCCGCUGAUGAACGCCGAGACAAAACUCACUGCUUAACCUUCACCUUGACAUUUAGUUUUUGGAACAGCAGACAUUCAUCCUGCCAUGAUGUUCCACUCCAGCGACUUUUAUCUUUUGCGGUUCUUGGUUAAAAUGGAGAAUAACUGGCUGGGACUGGAAGGCGUUGCAGGGGCCGGUGGUGUCACUGAGAGCUGUGUUGGAAUGGGCAGUACUUACCGUGGGCUUGGUUUGACUUUUAUUUUAUUUUUUUUUCCCCUGGGGGUUUUUAAUUUUCAGACCCAAUUCCCUCGAGGCAACACUGAUGAACAUAGCUGAGCUGAACUGGAUGGGUCUGGCCCAGCAGGCCCUGCCCUACACAAUUGGAUUGUAUCUUCUGACAAUCCUUGGCAUUCGACCUUCUCAGCCAAAUUCCACCCCCGGUGCUGUUGGCAGAGCCGAGGUGUCUGUGGGAGGGGAGUGGGCACCAGUCCCACUCCAGCUCUGUCACUCCCUCGGGCACACACGGCAGGAUGUGUUUUCUGUAUAUGUGUAAUUUCUCCUCAUCUAAUAAAGUGGUGAUAAGACCCUCCCCUACCUCAGAGGGAUGUUGUAUUAAUUUGUUUAAUAGUAGUAAAGGAUUCUUUUGAAUUUCUAUAAUAUUUUGUAUCCAGAGUACAGCAAGUAUGACUGCUGAUCUUGUUUAAACUGACAUUCUGUGAUCAAGUUGUUUUCUUAAAGCAUCAGUCUUUGUUUUAUUUUUAUGUCUAACUUUUUUAGGGUCAGUCUUACCGAUAAAUUACUUAGUUAAUGCAGUAAUUAAUUAGGUGUUGAUUAAAGUGUUUUAUCAGUGCAUUAAAUGGAAAUGGAACACUAAUUUUUAAUAAAGUGUUAUAUUUUGUCUUCUGUGAUUUGA